AUGGAAAAUCCACGAAGAGGCGCUGUUAGUCGCUUUACACAUCGUGAGUACGCUGACAUGUACUUGAUUUACGGCGAAACCAGGAAAGUUUCUACUCGAGGCAUAGUCUCAUUAAACGCAAGAAUGUCGUGCCCAGGAAGAAACCCAGUUCCCCGGGAAUAUAUUGAUGAUCUCAUCGACGACGAGGUUGAGGACUUGGUCAUUGAUGAAGAUAAUGGUGAACUGGAGGAGAAUUAUGUGGAAGGGGAAUAUAAUAUACCUGGUUUGCCUGAUUCCAUAGACAGAUCGGACGGCGAUUCGGAAGCCGAGGAAGCAAUGCUUCCUCCCGAAAAUAAUAUACCU